UUUUUGUUGUGACGUCAGUGGUGAGUGGCGCCUGCGUCACCCUCGGGGCUCAGUCUCCAUAUUUGUUGUGAAGGACUGAGCAGGAGGCAGAGGAAUGCCAUGUUUGCUGCUUCGCGCAGACGAGCAUUACGACGGGCUAGAAUCAGGCGCAUUUUAAUGAACCAGGAGGGAAUUGUGGUUCGAGACAUAAGUCCCCCGGAUUAUUCAGAACAGCCUCCACCACCCCCAGCAUAUAGUGAAGUGUCACCUGGGAGUGACAUUAACACUAUUUUUGAGACAAGUGGUACCCAGGCAGGCAGCACGGAGUCCUCGCGGGAAAGCGUAACCAUUGGGUGUGAGGCCCAGGAAGGAGGAGGGGGGCCUGUAGAAGCAACACCGCCGCCGCCACCACCACCACCGCCGCCGCCGCCAUUAUCAGCAGCAGCAGCUGUGGCAGAGGGUAGCAGCAUGUUGGGUCGAGGUCGAUUGCAGGAAGUUCAGGGAAGAUUGGAGGCAUUAAGAAAGAGACAUGACCAGUGGACUUGCUUUCUUUGCUGUCAUGUCCGCACUGGCACCAUUGUUAUUGGAUUUUGGCACAUGCUCCUUCAUCUGCUGGCACUGUCAUUGAUUGCGGUGGUAGUAGUUCACCCCGAAAAGCUUACCCAGACAGGCGGCCCUCUUGGGGGUCUUGGGUCAGGAGAUGAACUCUCCGUCAAUCCACAAGAUGUAAAAGCUGUCAAUUGUGGUGCAGAGAUGCCUUGCAUCUUGGCAGCACAAGGUGAUGGAAGCACAAAUGCUGCUGCCUCUGACUUUUCCAUUUCCCUAGGAAACUUGAUAACAACUCAUCGCCUUAACACUGAUGAGGUUAAUGUUGCCCUCUUCAUCACCUUGUGUACUUUUGUGGUAACACUGUUGUUGGUGUAUGGAGCAUUCCGUGGUCAGCCCUCACAUCUAAUGCCAUUUUUCUUUCUGCAAGUCUUUGACUUCUGUAUAUCAAGCAUGACAAUGAUUGGUUAUCUCUCAUAUCUUCCAAACAUCCGUCAACUGAUCCGCGAGACUCCAGCAUUUCCCUUUCAGCAACAACUUCUGGCAAUGAACACAAAAUGCCUGACAUUCUUUGCCAUGCUCAUCUUCAUUACAACCCUAAUGGCUAAGGCAUAUUGCAUCAGUAUUGUCUGGCGGUGUUACAAGUUCCUGAUGCUGAAGGCACAAGCAGGCCGGUCAGUCCUGAGAUAUCUGGGUGGAGUGUCUGGACCAGUGGACCAAGAGAGUCAGACAUUAGUCAUGGGCCAGGACCUGCCUGAUUAUGAUACUGCAAUGGCUGAUCCUCAAUACAGAAAGAAGUUGUCAGGUAUGUUCCCCGAGCCACCUCCUUCAUAUGACAUGGCUAUGGCAGCACUUGUUGCUCAGCAGGAUCAUGAACACGAUUAUGUGGAUGCAGCUGGUGCUACUAGUGGUUCCUCCCCUUCUCACGACCUUCCUUCAUCCACCCAGGACCGCCCGGUUUCUGUUCCCAGCAAUAACAAUGCUACUACAUCGCUUCCUACCAUCCCUACUACCACCGUCAUCUUGAGCACAACCAGCUCUGCUGCUCUGGCCAUCAAUUCUCCCACUGUUAAUUAAUCCUGAUCUUAGCCAUUGGGAUGGUUAACUUCCUGGUACUUCAGUGAAAAUGGAGGCGUUAUUAUUUUGGUGAUAGUAAGCUUUAUUUUAACAAAAUUUAAAUUUAUCUAUAUUUAAGAUAUUAAGAAAGCAAGCAGGGUAAUAUUCUGAUAUAUGUAACUGAGCAAAAAAAAAAAAAAAAAAAAAAAUCAGGAACUGUCCAUUAUUGCAGCUCUAGCAGUGUCAACAGUUCUUGUACUGCAGUUGUAUGGAAAUUUGGAUAUAUAUA